CCUCCGGUGUAGUGUGGGCGGAACUGAACAUUUGAUGCGUUUUCACAGUGAAACCUCCGUUUUCAAAUCCCUUUGGCGUAGUGUGUAAGGGGCCUCAGACUGCGCUAAAAGUUCUAUGAUGGUUUGCUUGGUCAUUUUCAAUAAGCAGCAGGAUACGAUCAAACCUGCUAGGUUUGCGCCAAGCCAGGCGAACACAGCUGUGCAAACCUAAGGUUUUUAGGAGAUUUACUUUAUUCUAAGUCGAUUCCUUAUUGAUAUGAAUUCUGCCUAAUGUUUUUGAAGCUUACAACUGCCACAUAGAGAAGCGUGACAUCUCUUGUGAAGUAAGGCCAUUCUUUAAGUAUGAGAAGAUUCGGUUCACUUAGCAGACCGUUUAAUAACACCGCAUAGUUUAGCUGAGCACGCUGUUUUCUUGGCGAAACUGUUUCUUUUCUUGCCUCUCGUGAUGGAAUCACGUAAAGGAGACAUGAUAUGACGUUAGAUGUUCUCAGUUAGAGCGGAUCUUUGUCCUUUUCGUCAUCACCUUUACUCCCACCAAGACAUGGUUAGCAUUUGUUUUCGAUUGCGCAAAAUUCCGUCAAUGAAAUACGCAUGGUAUGGUGUCGUUGAUUUAUUUCUUUGUUUUUAGCGAACAACAAUGAGCUAAUAGAAUGAACUCUUGAAAUAACAAAAAGCCUCCACUUGUGCAUUUCCUACUUGCAAAAGACUUAUAGGCCUAAGUUACUCUCGACUCAAAGCCAAUUCGACAUUUGAGGUGCUAAGAGAAGAGCCUAAAUUGCGCAGUAUCAGUCCGGCGGGUGUACCCAACUUCCCGAUACCAUGUCUUCGGCAUUAAUCACGCUGUAUUGUACAAUCUUUGUUUACUUGGGAUGUAUAAUCAGGUCUUCAUCGGCCACCAGUCAUCAGCUACAAGCCGUUUUCAGCAUGAGUGGAAUAAAGGGUGACGUCGUCUUUUCCCAACCACACGGACAUAAUGCCACAAGCAUCAUGGUCAACCUAACUGGCGUCAACGAGACUCUGACAUGGAGCAUUCAACAACUACCCAUGAUAUAUUAUGGCAAUGCAGACAUGAGCUGUACCGCAGGCGCAGUAGGAGGACUUUUUGACCCCAUGAUGGCUAUGAAAUCUAGAAACUACAACGGUACGUGCAGUCUGUCAAAUGACACCAGGUUCGACGCAUGCGCUAUCGGAGACUUGACAGGUAAGCUGGGAAGCCUGGACGCCAACACAGCACAGCAAAAUUAUUCAAACCAGAACUUGAUGAUUCCAAUAAUGGGCCCUUACAGCAUCAUGGGUAGGACGCUAGUACUGUACAGUAAUAACACACCCAAGGCAUGCGCUCUGAUUACUCCGACCCAAUCCAUGUUGACAGCCGUAGCGUAUUUCAAGGCCCCAGUGGCGGGAUCCGUUUACUUGAGACAAGUUGAAGAGCACUCAGACACCACUGUCUUUGCUAAUCUUUUCUACGUCAACGAUGCAGAAACACAAAAACAGUUUCAUUGGCAGAUUCAAGCAUCAGCUUCUUGCCAUAACCUUAGUGCUAUUUUCAAUCCUGAUAACACUGAUGGGAAAAACUGUAGCCAGAAACGGCACGAAAAUUGUUCUAUCGGUGAUUUGACCUCCAAACACGGAAAUGUCACCGUCUCUAUGGCGACGAAAAGCGAAUCCAAAACUAAAGCUGCCUUUACUGACACCAACUUGCCACUGAGCGGUGAUAAUAGUGUUAUCGGUAAGGCAAUAGUCUUGUUCUCAACGGACGACCCACAGACACCUUUUGCCUGCGCCAAGAUCAUGAAAGUGAAGCCAAGGGUUCUCCAAGCUUCAUUCAAGCCAGAUGUCCAUGAUGGCGUAAGUGGGGGUUUCAAGAUUACCCAGGCGUCCCCGUUCGAUCCCUCCAUAACAGAAAUAGAUGUGACUGGGUUAAGAAAGGAAUCCCAAGGAUACCAUGUCCACAACUAUCCCAUGCCGUGGCAGAUGCAAUACACAGGAAUGGAAUCUUGUGCUGGAGGCAAUCUAGGAGGACAUUGGAAUCCUUUUGGCGUGGACGUUAGAUCCAGUCCUGCCCCAGGAACUGGAACCGAUGAUGAAUACGAAGUCGGUGACCUGAGUGGAAAAUAUGGAACCUUUCUAAACCUCUCAAGUUACAGAGGGGUACACGUAGACUACAAUCUUCCGUUAUUUGGCAAAAAUAGCAUCCAGGGUCGAUCAAUUGUCAUCCACAAGAUGAAGGUGAUGGGAAGUGCGAGAUGGGUGUGUGCAGAUGUUUUCCAGGUGGCGGACGGGGACAAUAUGUUUGUUAUGAAAACCAUGAUAAAGUUCACAGGACCAGCUCUAAAGGGUUAUGUACUCUUGGUUCAGUACAAGUCCAAUGAUAUGAUGAUGACGUCAGAGGAAACUUCUAUCUACGUUGAUCUCUAUUACGCUUCCAACUCCAGCAAAAAGAGUAUGGAUCACAAGUGGCACGUACAUGUCAACCCUGAAGGAAAUGACACUUACGCUGAGAUGGGUCAGAGAUGUAAGAGUCUAGGAGGACAUUACAACCCUUAUCUGGUCGAUUUAGCCGGAACUUACAAGUCCACCUGCAUUUCCAGAAAUAUGCUAAGAUGCGAAGUCGGUGAUUUAUCUGGCAAGCAUGCCAUGUUAAACGUUGGAUCAGGAAAGGAGUUCUACACCGAUCCUGAUCUUCCCUUAUAUGGAGAAAUGUCAGUUGUUGGACGAGGAGUUGUAGUGCAUGCAGAGAACGGCGGUGGGUCUCGUCUUGGCUGUGCUACCAUCAAACCAGUGGCUUCUUUAUAUGUAGAGAAAACACUGCAACAUGUUGAGGCAGCUACAUUUUCCAAAAUGAAUUUCGCAAAAACGGUUUCUGCUGCUCUUAAUAUCCCGGACUGGCGGUUGUUUUACAUUCGAACACAGGACAGUGGCGUUGCAGGCUGUAAGACAGUCAAAUUUGGAAUUAUUGGAAAUGAAAGACAAGCCAGUGAACCCUCCCAAGCAUUCGACCUCAUCUUGCAACGUACGCCGGGAAAAUUAAAGGAGUUUCAGCCAAGAAGCAAAUGUCGCGUUCCUUCUUCACCUAAAGCACCAACGAGAGUCAGAGGUGGUAGCGCAGGAAUCAAUCACGUGAACAUAUACGUCAUUCUUAACAUGGUUUUACUUACUACAUAUGCGUAUCUGGAAUAAACAGUUCAACAUAGCGCCGAUAUGUCACUCUGUCAGACAGUCAAGAGGAAGGAAACGAACAGUCAUUGUCAUCAGACUUCCACUUGCUGUAGCAAUAUGCAUAUGUCAUAACAAGAUAACACGAUGGACUCGAGUAAAGCUGACGUGCAUGUAUGGACACAAAUGUGUAUAAAGUGCUCGGAGAGCGUAAACUUACCAGCCAUCUUAGGGAGUUUUAAAUGGCCAAGCACCAAUCCCUCUCUUCCCGUCUCCAAAUUUAAGCUUAAUACGGCCGGGAACGUGUCAAAAGCGUCGAAAAGAUAGAUGUUUAUAAUGUUACCAAUAAAAACUUUUGGCAAAACAAUAUCUAAAUCUUAACUUUCUUUUGCAAAGGGCUUUUGUCACGAUAAUGCACAUGUACGGCACUUAACUAGGGAAUAAAGGGUCUACGGGACGGAAUUUAUUGUCCUGCCCUUGACCCUUUCUAAGGAAAUAGCCACUUCUACUGUCCGUGAGGACAUCAACGUAUUUGACGAUCUUCUGUCAAUAUCGUAGUAAAAUUGGACGUCCUCAACAUGUUAUAAAAACCAAUCACUCACGACAAGUAAUUUUUAAAUAUAAUAGUGUUGUUAUAACUUAGUAACUUUGACAAUUGGACAGCCGCACAUGCGCAGAAGAGUGCAACAGCCCUUUAAGUAGAUUCCCCGUAAACGCGCACACCGUUUCUCCCUCUAUCGCCAACAACACCACAGAUGAACGAACUUCUCCACUCCAACAAGGAAGUAAAACGAGAUCCAGAAUGUAGUAAGUUAUCUUGAGAUGUAGAAAGUCCAAGUUAAGACUCUUCAGAGAACUUCGAAUGAUAUUUAUCCAUUUAUAUAUUUUGUAGCCUUUUAAUGAGCUAGCCUUAAGAGAAUUAGGCAUUUUUGUGAAGGAACUGCGAAAAACAUGCAAUUUGAAUUAAUGGGAGUGGCUCAUGAUCAACACGUAUGCUUAAUUAGUCUGAACAAUUUAGUGAUAGGAAACAAGAUAUCAAAUCUUGCAAAUCUUAUUAUUCAAUCAUGUUUACAUGUAACUCAAUAAUACCUCAAUAAAUAAUGUACAAAAUCGAGGGCUAACGAAUUUAAAUUAAAUCCAUGAGCCCCCAAAUCAGUACCAAGCUUAAAUACCUAGACACAUUCAACACGUACGGGACGUGCUUUGUAAAGUAAAGAUUUAGCAUAAGCUAAGUUUGUACUAGUUAUUUUGUUCAACUUAACACACCGAAUAUGAUGUCUGAAGCUAUCAGACGAAACUGGUGGGAGAAAUAAAUGUCAGGUAGUCAUUAAGAUCUGUAGUUUGCUGUGUGUUGAAUCAUCACCAGAGAAUCUUAAGAAUUUCUUGUUGACCCUUUUAUAGCAAAGAACAAAUACAAUUAAAUACCAGACACUUAUUUUUUUGAAAUUUCUGUGACAUCUAAUUUUGUCUUCAUACUGACGUAGAUAUAACGAACACCUUACAAAGCGAACUGGAACACACAACUGCGUGACUGCUUCUCGUGCAUAAUACGUGUCAGACGGAUAGUGCAUUUGAGUCGUCUGGGUAAAUAUAUACCGAAAAUAAGACGUUAUAAACUUCAGAAGUAAGCUUGCCUGUUAGUUACUCGGGUUUUGUAGGAAAGAACGAGUUAUUAAAUGCAAGGCGUUCUUGUUCGCCAAAAGGGGGGUCAUGGUCCUAGGCGUUCCAUGCGUAGAGAGUGGAAACUGGGGACGAGAUACGACAGCUUGCUUUAUGGUGUGAUCGCACUUCUUACCACGAAAACGGUGGCAACAAGAAGCUAUUUCUCAGAAAGAAAUGGUGUUUCGUUUCCGGAAAGGUAUUCAAAGUCUGAGAAAGGCCGGGGUUUUGAUAUCUUGUGCAUGAGAAGUACCGCACUGAUCUGCUCAGUUGUCAGAACCUGGGGGUUUUCCGCCAGGUGAGGUUUAGUACUGAACCUAUUGUAAAAGAGAAAGGGCCAAUAAAUUUAAGUUGUCUACACAUGUAUCAGUUGUUACAGUCAACGCGCUUCGAAAUGUAUUUACUUGUGAUGUAUUUACUUGGGAGGGGAGAUGCUCCCUUAUAUCGGCUAAAUAGGUACGUCCAGCGUCAGAGGGACAUGUUUUUUUAAGACAUUUUAGUCAGAAGUAGAGUAUCGAUUUUGGUCAUUUUGGUCUCAAGAAGAAGCUACUUUUUUCAUCAUUAUCGAUAAGACCAGCAACUAAAACCAUUCACAUUACCUUUAACAUCAUUCUGAACUAGAGAAGUACGGUAGGUCUGAAACAGGGUAUUAAUUUAAGGGUCAGGCCAUAAAUAGGUUAGAAAAAUCGCAGACUUUGGUCUUAAAUAGGGUAAGUGCUUUGGCAAGCGGGCCGCACAGCCCCGCCAAAUUUUUCAGAAAUUCAAAGUAUUGUGUGGGAGGCUAAAUAAAGCUAAGAGGCAAAAGCAUUUGACGCAUAAUUUUUCCAUUUCUGUACCGGGCAGUCCUUGAUUCAAAUGGAUGCGGCACUCUACGUUUCGUUGUCAGAGACGCAGCAUAUUUUUAUUUUCAAAAAGGACGCCUCAUGUGUAACGACAGUUGUGCAAUUAUUCCUCCACUUUCGCUUGAAUAUUAUGGAGCUAAAAUAAAAAUGCUAUCGGCAUUUUCAUGGAAACCAGCUCUUGAAAUACCGCGGUAUGUCGAAAUACAAAUUUUCACAUUUUUAAAAGCGCGCUCUAAGAAGUAAACCUACUGGAAUUGUGGCGGAAAAUUCGAGAAAUUCAACUAAAUCUGGAAAAUGUCGACACCUACGAUAUGAAGAAAACCUCAUAAAAAAGCCAUAUUGUGCCUAUUUUGCAAUAUACCAACGUUGAUUAAAUUACAAUAUGAUGAAUUAGUUACCUUCCACAAUAUAUCGUAUCUGUAGUAUCGUCCACCUUUCCCGUAAACAGCCACGGAAAAGGGGCGGGAUUGUUAUUCCUGACAAGUGUUCUGAUUGACCAAAAUUAUGUCGCCGUAGUUGUGAUCUUAAUCACAUUUAAAUCAAGCACGGAAA